UAUGCAGAUGAAACCAAAACAGAAACUAAAAACCAAACAAAGAUGACUAUCCUUCGAGGGGUAUAAUAAGAAGUGUCAGACUUAACCUUGACACUUAUUUGGGACUUCAUCGAAUUCUUGACACAUCUUAUCACUGGAAGACUUGAGGUGAGGAUUUAUUUUAUAUUUCAGUUGAAACAAACUGAAGAAUAAUUUGAGGAGAAAGGCAUGGGGUUGUUUAAAUCCAAACCUAGCCCUCCAACUCCACCUCCAUCACCAGCUUUUAGCAACGAAUGGAGACGCACACCUUGGGGUCAGAAAGAGGAAAUGCUUCAGAAACUGAAAGACUAUGUGCCUGGAAACCCUCAGGUGAAGACUAUCAGAAUCCUCCUCCAUGGACCAGCUGGAGCUGGCAAGUCCAGCUUCAUCAACUCCAUCAACAAUAUCUUUCAGGACAAAUGUAUGAACAUUGCCUUAGCUGAUAAUUCCUUUGCAGGUGCAAGCUUCACAAAAAAGUAUGAAACCCACAAAAUUGUGAAAGAAAAACCUGGAACCUACUACCCCUUCCUCUUCUAUGAUGUCAUGGGGCUGGAGAAUGGUAUUAACAAAGGAGUUGAUGAGGCGGACAUUAUCAAGGCCCUGAAAGGGCAUGUAAAAGAGGGUUACACGUUUAAUCCUGCAUCACCUUUAGAAGAGGGGAAUGAGUACUAUGUCAAGGCCCCCACUCCAUCUGACACAGUUCACUGCCUAGUUAGUGCAAUACCAGCUGAUAAACUACCUAUGAUGAAUGCCAACAAGAAUGACGAGAGGAAUGAUAUCGUCAAGAAGAUGAGAGCCAUCAGACUAGCUGCAAGUUACAUGGGGAUUCCCCAAAUGGUUAUUCUCACCAAAGUGGAUUUAGCCUGUCCAUUGGUGAGGGAAGACCUGAAAAAGGUCUAUCGGAGCAAGUAUAUAAAGGAGAAGAUGGAGCAGUGUAGUAAUGGACUGGGGGUACCAGUGAACUGCAUCCUGCCUGUGAAGAACUACCACGAGGAAAUCGACUUGGAUGAUGACAUGGAUGUGCUGCUAUUGAGAGCACUGAGGCAGAUGGUGGACUUUGCAGAGGGCUUCAAGCUAUCACAAGCUGACUGAUGGAUGUACAGUUCUCGAUCUACAGCAUGUCACUGUAUAAUACCUCCAUCUAAAGAAGCCCUGUUCACACCUGGUAUUUACACCUGACUUCUGUGAUCCAAUCACCAUGAUCAGAUUACUCUCCAACUAUGGUCCAGUGCGUCCACAUCAUUUCUGAUUUCUAACUGAAAAUACAUUUUGAAUUUCAUUCAAAUCUUGAGAUUGAAUUAUAAUUGUCUGUACUGUACUCUAUGGGAAUGGUCUGUCAAAGUCUGUAAGUGUUGGUAGGACAUUCAUUAAACCAUAGUUUCAGUCCUCCUUUACUUAUCAUAAGGUUCAAAGUGAACUUGUUACUGUAUGAAAUGGCUGAGUAGCUAUGUCUAUGCUCAUAUUUUAUAAAGUGAGUGUCAUAAUUGUUUAAGUUUACAGACUAUAUAUUAAGAUCCGUUUAUUGGUCAAUUGCACCAGAAAUGUUACCUCAGCUUUUAACCCAACCCCUCCGAAAGACACACAUACAUACAUACACAUACAGGUUUUGCAGAGGUGCGGGGGGCUGCCUCACUGGGUGCCCUGUGACCUGUUGUUGUGUCACUUAAUUGGGGUUGAGUGACUUGCUCAAGGGCACAACAGCAGGCAACGGCAUCUGGGAUUUUAUACCAGCAACCCUCCGGUUGCCAGCUCACUUCCCCACAGAAUUUCCCCAUCGGACCCGUGAUUCGAACUGGCAACCUUUUGGUUGCUGGCUCGCCACUAACCUGACAUCAUUGAAAAUUAGCAUUCAAGUGGUAUGAGUCCUAUAUAUGUAUUUCAUAAAUUAAGUGUCAACUAACUCUAUCGGAAAUAUGGUACUGUGCAACGUCAACACACCUCUGAGGACACAGAAACAGACCAGUUUGAAAUAGUGUCUCUAGAAUUUGUGUUGUCAAAUAAUGAUUUAAAAUAAGUGAAUAAACUAAGACAACAUGCUCAUGUGGAACACCAAAAUGGGAUUGAUUGUUUGGUAUUGUUUGUUCAAGUCUACUUUCAAAAAGGACAUAACCUGCUCUUACUAAUCCGUUUUCUCUCCCAGCUUCAGCCAUGACAGAAGGGAAAGUAAAAGUAAGAGGCCCCUCUUACAUAAGUGAAGUCUAGCAGUAUCAAGGUCACUGUUGUUAGGCAAGCAUUUACUGGUUAAUCUAGUGCCAUUGUAGACAUAUAUUUCAGAGAAUACACUGUAUCAGGUAUGCUCUGAUAGCAUAAUUUAUGGUUUUAUUAAUCUGUUUAUUCCACGUUUCAGUCUAUUGACCUUAAUCUGGAUGUAUCUUUAAAAAAAUAUAUGAUGUUACUAGCUUGAUCACAUGUUCAUGGGAACAGGAAGAACAGGUUAGACGUUUCUGUCUGAGGUUAGAGAUGUCCUUCUAAGGAGUGUGAGUUCUGAAGAAGUCAUGUGAUUUACUAUAAGAGCACAGUGCAAUUAGGGGUAGUCAGUAACAAGUUUUCCGUCCACCUUUUUAUGUAAAUGUCACGCCCUGACCUUAGAGUGCCGUUUUAUUUCUCUAUUUGGUUAGGUCAGGGUGUGAUUUGGGGUGGGCAUUCUGUUUUCUAUUUCUUUGUUUUUGGCCACGUGUGGUUCCCAAUCAGAGGCAGCUGUCUAUCGUUGUCUCUGAUUGGGAAUCAUACUUAGGCAGCCUUUUUCCCACCUAAUGUUGUGGGUAAUUAUUUAUUUUCUGUGUGUGUCACGUUCGGUUUCUGUUUACCUGUUUUGUUGUGAAGGUUUCACUUGAUUAAAGAUGUGGAAUUACA